CUAGCCAAUCAGAAACGUCGAAUCCAGGAGGGUACCCGCCCCCGAACAUCCGAACAACAAAGAUGGAGUCGUGAGUGGAGCAGGUUUACCACCGAGGAUCGUCCAGCUUCAGUCUUUGUAUCAUCAUCAUCACACGACGGGAACUUUCUGACUGGAGCAACACGAUGCAGCCAGUCUACACGUAGUUUGUAUUUAGUCGCCGUCGGUAGAAGCUGUCGAACGGGUUCAACAAACUGGCCGCGACAACAACAUCAAGCCCCAGCAGCUAACAGACUAGCAUCUGUUCGUUCUCACUGUGACCGAGCUGGUCAACACACGAAAUGGAGAAGCGUCCACAGGGAGAUUUUCUGAAGGGACUGCCGGUCUACAACAAGAGCAACUUCACGAGGUUCCACGCGGACUCAGUCUGCAAAGCAUCAAACCGUCGACCAUCUGUGUAUCUACCGACACGGGAAUAUCCAUCAGAGCAGAUCAUCGUCACAGAGAAGACAAACAUCUUGUUGCGAUAUCUUCAUCAACAGUGGGACAAAAAGAAUGCAGCAAAAAAGCGAGAGCAGGAACCAGCAGAGGGGGACAACACGGCACCUCCGAGAAAAAUCGCCAGAACUGACAGUCGAGAGCUGAACGAGGAUUCAUAAAGCAAGUCGCCAGUGCACACCCAGCAGAGACUGACCCACACAAAUGCACAGAUUCAGGAUGUGUGUUUGUCAACCCAGGCCCGGACACUGAUUCACAGAAGGAUCAAUAUAUUUCACACCACAGUCAACCCCAAUGUUCAUUCAAAAUCAGACAGAUUUCCUUGCUACUUCCUUUACUUCCAAAAAGCUCUGCCUCAGACUUUACUCUUUGUAGUUUAGAAAAUAACAUACAUCUACCUCCUUAUACCUUAACUCUUCUGGUUUUCAUUCACUUACGCUCACAGUUUUCUUUUAAAUAUGCAGAGAGUGAAGUCAUUGCUCCUCUGCUGCUAUGUAAGGGUCUGAGGUUGACGGCAUUCCUACCAUUUCAGAGAUAUGCAUAUUUUAAGUUAAGUCUGUAUAUGGGAUUAGUGGCAUGUCAUCUUUUUUAGCUCCUACUCCAAUAGUAGUAGGAGCUCAUCCUUAAUGUGAUCACUGUCGGCACAGUGAAAUUAAAACUGCACUGUGUUCCUUGCUUAGAUUGAAUAUUCAGGGUUUUGUUAUUGAAGAAGAAAAGUGUUUAAAGAGAUAUGUCUAUUUUUUUCUGAUAAAUAAUUGUUUGUUGCCUUAAUUGGAAAUAAGUGAGUUUUCACAUUUUUUUUUGGAGUUCUCCCUUUUCCAACAUUGUUUCAGGAAGAAAUGAACAACUGCUGAACACAGUGGAUAUUAGUAUCAGUGAGGAGACAUUAAAGCCAACACAGUCAUACUAGAUGAAGUAAACAAAUUUUUCCUUAUAUUCUGUAGCCACUUUCUAAGUACGAUGCUCAAUAAUUGUGUACUUGCACGAUUGGCACAGUAUUUAAUGAAAUGGGUCAUUUGUUGGGGGAAUAUGUUUGAUAGCAGGGCUACAGUCUCUUAGCUGCUCGUAAAGCUGUUGCAUAACGCUCCACACGUUUCUACAUUUGUAAUGUGUGAAUAUUGUGAUUGUUCUGACCCUCUUAUCAGGUAAUAAGACAACUUAACACUUUAUCUUCCCCAGGUCAGCCAUGUUGUCAUUUCACUGUUUAGCCAAAGAACAAACAGAAGCAUAUUACUUAAUUUGCUUUGCACCUUUUAAUAUAAAGUAAUCUGUUGCUAAUUGUAUUAACCAUGUUGUCAUUGUCUGGCAACGCUUACAGUCUAUACAUGUGAAUUUUUACAUGUUACAGUUGUUCAGCUGUUCAAAGGUUUACAUAGCACCUGUUAAACUUUGCUGCUUCUGAAAGUCAGUCCAAGUAGAACGCACACUCUUUAAGUUGCUCGAGACAUAAAACUAGAGACAUGCAGUGAUUUAUUUUCCCCGUUUCUUCAUAUAAAAGUGUGUUUAUUUUACUUUCGUGAUAAGAUUUGUAUCACAUCACCUGAUUAAGUUUUGAAUGUCUUUAUGUUAAAUGCUUUGCUUUGAGUUUAUUGUAUAACUGUGUUGUCGAUUUCAGGUCUUGUUCUUGCAUGUGUACUCUGUAAAAUACAGUAUUGUUUAAAACUCAGUAAAUUCAAAUUUUUUCAGGGGAACUGAAGAAGAUCUCAUCCUUCCCAUAUAAUUAUUGUAGAUGUUUUAUCAGAUCGAAUGAAUUGUAAUUUGGAACGAAUUUACUGAACUUUGGUCGCCAU